AUGGGUUACACAUGCUUUUCUUCUUUUUUCUUUUUUUUUUUUCCCUCUCUCUUUCUCUCUCUCUCUUUCCCCUCUCUUUCUCUUCCCCUCUCUUUCUCUUCCCCCUCUCUUUCUCUUCCCCUCUCUUUCUCUUCCCCUCUCUUUCUCUUCCCCUCUCUUUCUCUUUCCCCUCUCUCUUUCUCUUUCCCCUCUCUCUCUUUCUCUUUCCCCUCUCUCUUUCUCUUUCCCCCUCUCUUUUCUCUUUCCCCCUCUCUCUUUUCUCUUUCCCCCUCUCUCUCUCUUUUCCCCUCUCUCUCUUUCUCUUUCCCCUCUCUCUCUUUCUCUUUCCCCUCUCUUUCUUUUCCCCCCUCUCUUUCCCCCUCUCUCUUUUCUUUCCCUCUCCCCCUCUCUCUCUUUCUCUUUUUCCCCUCUCUCUUUCUCUUUCCCUCUCUCUCUUUCUCUUUCCCCCUCUCUCUCUUUCUCUUUCCCCCUCUCUCUCUUUCUCUUUCCCCUCUCUCUUUUCUCUUUCCCCUCUCUCUUUUCUCUUUCCCUCUCUCUCUUUCUCUUUCCCUCUCUCUCUCUUUCUCUUUCCCUCUCUCUCUCCUUCUCUCUUUCUCCCCUCUCUCUCUUUCUCUUUCCCUCUCUCUCUUUCUCUUUCCCUCUCUCUCUUUCUCUUUCCCUCUCUCUCUUUCUCUUUCCCUCUCUCUCUUUCUCUUUCCCUCUCUCUCUUUCUCUUUCCCUCUCUCUCUUUCUCUUUCCCUCUCUCUCUUUCUCUUUCCCUCUUUCUCUUUCCCUCUUUCUUCUUUCUCUUUCCCUCUCUCUCUUUCUCUUUCCCUCUCUCUUUUUCUCUUUCCCUCUCUCUUUUCUCUUUCCCUCUCUCUUUUUCUCUUUCCCUCUCUCUUUUUCUCUUUCCUCUCUCUCUUUUUCCCUUUCCCUCUCUCUUUCUCUUUCCCUCUCUCUCUCUUUCUCUUUCCCUCUCUCUUUCUCUUUUCCUCUCUCUCUUUCUCUUUCCCUCUCUCUUUCUCUUUCCCUCUCUCUCUUUCUCUUUCCCUUCUCUCUUUUUCCCUCUCUCUCUUUCUCUUUCCCUCUCUCUCUUUCUCUUUCCCUCUCUCUCUUUCUCUUUCCCUCUCUCUCUUUCUCUUUCCCUCUCUCUUUCUCUUUCCCUCUCUCUCUUUCUCUUUCCCUCUCUCUCUUUCUCUUUCCCUCUCUCUCUUUCUCUUUCCCUCUCUCUCUUUCUCUUUCCCUCUCUCUCUUUCUCUUUCCCUCUCUCUCUUUCUCUUUCCCUCUCUAGUUUACAAGUACUUUGUUUUCUACAGAAUCCUUACCAAUUCUUGUGGAACUGUAACUAAAAUCUGCAAAUACUGUUCUAACCAUGUCAAUGUCAAUGAUAUUUUGCCUCACUGGAUAAACUGGCUGCCUAUCUAUGAAGACGAAGAUGAGGCUGAACAUGUGUAUGACUACCUUUGUGAAUUAAUUCAAUUGAAUAAUGUGAUCAUCCUGGGAGAAAAUAAUAGCAACCUUCCCAGAAUUUUCGAUAUCAUGGCCACAGUUUUCCAUAAGCAAGUCUUGAAACCAGAUUGUCCAGUUUAUAACAGGAUGUUGGACAUUCUCAGACAAGUGCAAACCAAUGCUGAUUUAUUCAAUGCCUGCAUUGCUACAAUGUCUGACUCUCAACGGAAUGCCCUGUCUGCUGCACUCAGUGCUCCUCCAAUAACAAAAAUGAUCCGACUUCUUGAUAAUUAUUUGUGCUUGUAUUUCUUUUUUCUUUUCUUUUUUUUCUCUCUAUCUCUCUCUCUCUCUCUCUCUCUCUCUCUCUGA